AUGUCUCUCAGCCUCUCCUCACUCUGGCUCUGUCACCCUCCCCUUGGCUCUCUCUGUCACUUGCUGUGGUAGUAUCGGUGUUGGGACAUCACCCAGUCUCUCCCCUCAUCUCUCUGGAUGGUGGACAUGAAAUCCAGCAGGACUCCCAACAAGUCAGCAGAGGCUGUAUGUCGGCCCAACAACCAGGGACAGCAGCAGGGGCAGACCAGCAGCCCAGAAACUCUAGACCCCAGCAAUGAGACCACAGACACAGAGGACCACGAGGAGGAGGACCUGGGAGUUCUGGAUGACCAGCGAAGCAUCAUGCUUCACCUUCUGUCCCAGUUAAAACUUGGCAUGGACCUCACACGGGUGGUGCUCCCAACAUUCAUCCUGGAGAAGCGCUCUCUGCUAGAAAUGUACGCCAAUUUCAUGGCUCAUCCCGACAUGUUCCUCUCCAUCACCUCCGGCUGCACGCCAGAGGAGCGCAUGGUUCGCUUUGUGGAGUAUUACCUGACUGCCUUCCAUGAGGGCCGGAAGGGUGCUGUGGCCAAGAAGCCCUACAACCCUAUCCUGGGUGAGAACUUCCACUGUUCCUGGUAUGUGCCUCGGGACCGCAUUCGACCUCUCAGGACUAACAACUGUACUGGUCCCAACUCACCACCCACAACAACUUCUACCAUACUCGAGUCCCCACAGAGGGGGACGGAUGGUAGCAGCAGAAGAAACUCAGACUGCUAUCGUGUUCGUUUUGUGGCAGAGCAGGUGUCCCACCACCCACCCAUAUCAGGCUUCUACUGCGAGUGCAAGGAGAAGAGGAUGUGUGUCAACACUCAUGUCUGGACCAAGAGCAAGUUCAUGGGCAUGUCUGUUGGAGUCUCCAUGGUCGGGGAAGGUGUGCUGUAUUUGUUGGAGCAUGAUGAGGAGUAUGUGUUUACUCUGCCCUGUGCAUACGCCCGCUCCAUCCUGACUGUGCCAUGGGUGGAACUUGGGGGAAAGGUCACUAUUAACUGUACCAAGAGUGGGUACUCUGCCACUGUCACUUUCCACACCAAACCCUUCUAUGGAGGAAAAGUACACAGAGUAACAGCAGAGGUAAAGCACAACCAAACAGGAAACAUUGUGUGUAAGGCCCAGGGGGAGUGGAACGGGAUGCUAGAGUUCACCUACAGCAACGGGGACAACAAGGUGAUCGAUACCUCCAAGCAGCCAAUCAUCAAGAAGAAGAUCCAGCCUCUAGAGAGGCAGGGCCAGUAUGAGUCACGGCGUCUUUGGCAACAUGUUACAGUGUCGCUGAAGGCAGGAAAUAUGGACGCAGCCACAGAACACAAACGCUGCCUGGAAGAGAGGCAGCGUCGCGAGGCCAAACAGAGAGCCGCAACCCAAACCCCCUGGAAAGCCAAAUAUUUUAUUAAAGAGGGUGAAGGCUGGGUGUACCAGAACCCUCUGUGGAAAGCUCACUGAGCAGGGUGAUCUGACCGACAGAGACGUAAGGAGAGACGAACAAACAGAGAGGAAGACAGACAGACAGACAGAGAAAUAGCGAACGGAACAAGUGGUACCAAAAACAACCUGAGGAACAUGGAUAAACUUCCAGUCCUGUCCAAUCAGAAACAAGUUGGUUUGGCAGUGAGGUCAGCCAAUCUUGAGAUUACAGUGUUCAGGCAAUAUGGACACAAUGGGACAUUUUUUAAGACAAUAGAUCUAAACAAAUCCCUGUAAACAGCUCCUGCCCUGCUCACUUUUUGUUUGCACAUUGUCCUUAACAAUCGUGUUGGUGACAACUGUUUUGCACAAUUCACUGUACAAUAUAGUGUAAACAGUGUAAAAGUGUGUGCAAUGUGUGUGUGUUUUUUUAUGUUUAAGUGUAUGCUUGUAAGAAGGGAUAAAUAACUUAUUUAGCCACUUUGAAAAACAACCCUAUUUCAUAGAAUCCAGAGGGAACAGGGUCAAAUGUAGUCAGGCUAGUUUCAUUUGAUGUUGAAGCUGCAGAGCACUGAUCCUCUCUGUAAUGAAACUCAUUCAAACUUAAUAUGACAGGGAACAUUUUAGGGGAGAAAUGUUGUUUUAUCUGAUGUCAUAUUCAUUGGGUAAAGCAUCCUCAAAGUAUUGUACAUACUUAGGUCAUAUUGAGAUACACUUUUAUCAUCAUAACAUCUAAUAAAUCCUUCCAAUCAACCAUUAUGUGACUGUAGACAAUGGCUGGAAAGGAAAUUAAUCUGUGCCCGCUGAUUCCAGAUGAAUAUCUCAAUGGAAUUUUUAUUAUACUGCAGUUUGAUCCUAAAAUUGGAAAAAUGAUUUUGCUUUAAAUGAGUCAGUUCACCCAUAGUACUGUACAAAAAACAUCUCUCUCUUCCCUUGAGUGGUAACUCUCCAUUCAGGUAGAAUGGGUUUUAUUUGUCCAGGUUUUCAGAUCUUUGCCCUCUACCUAAAUACAACAGAGCUGACCUGAAUUUAGUUUGUGCUGAUAACAGCACAAAAAAACAUUUCACAUGACAUUUGUUUUUUUAUUUUAUUUUAUUCAUUGGAUUUGUGAAAGCUGACUCAAACAAUUUCAAGAUAUAAGACACGCUAGCUCGUGUAAUGAGCCUUGCCGUUUUAGUGCUAAAUGAAACAAUGUUAGCUUUUGCUGUAACUUUAGCUGUUUAGUUUGCCUAUUUAAAUAGCUUGUUGACUUUGAAUUCUGUGUGAUUAAAGGAAUUUAUUUCACUUUAUAUUUAAAUGUAUAUUUUGACUAGAGCUCCAUCUUUACUUUUCAAGUUUGAUGGUUUGUUAGUUUGGGUUGACCCCCUGCAAUUAUCUGGCUCCUCCUACCAAUGAGCUGCUCUACCUCUGACAAGGUGGGUCAAACCAAUACUCCAUCACCUCAUAAUAUAUCAGCUUUCUUUAACUUCCAACUUUUCCAUACUCUGUUCCUGAAACAGCUGCAUCUGACCAAAUAGGGCACAAGUAAUGGCUGAUAUGUAUGGGAAUGCCUGCUGAGUGUCUGCCAUUUGUAACUGAUAAGCACUGCAGUGCACUUUGUGCAUUUGUUUGUAGUGAGGUCAUCAGGCUUACUGCUCCAGCGUGGUGUGAAAUAGUUGUCCACUAGAUUAUAUUAGUAUGGCUCUUAUGGGAGUACCAGAUCAAAAUGGAUUAUUAGUGUACUUUAAAGUCAAUCUUUUGUAGAUCUAAGUUUGUGAAGUAGCUUGUAUUUUGAUCAUCAGCAUCUCAGCCCUAAAAUAGUUUUCUUUAUUCUCACUCAGUCGUAGAAAAAGUCGUAUUUCUAAAGUGAUUUAAAAAUAUCCAUUAAAUCAAGAUCACACUGGAGCAAGACACGUCCAUCCAAACAUCAUUUGUUUUAGUUUAUGUUCAUUGGAGAUGUCUCUAGUGGGAAGUACUACAUGAAGCUUCGACAGCCAAACAGCUUGUCCUCCAUCUGACCGUAUAGUCACCAAACCUAUGCAACACUUGACUGUAAACUCAGUCUCAGGUGGGGAGGGGGGGCUCUGUAUUUGUUUAAAAUAAAGAUC